GAUUUUCAGACGGGGCCUGGGUCCUACGCUUCUCUCCGCCCCCAAACAACCGUCUGAUGGAUCUCAUAGGAUUCCGUGUUCUGCCAUUGUUUUAUUUCAGCCAAUCAGAGCGGAUUUUAGCUUUUUCUCAAAGWGAGGUAUGUAAGGAAUGCAAAACAAAAUGGCGGACGAAGUGGAAGCGUGUAUAGCGAAGUGUUGUGAUAUAUUUUCAAUUCCUGAGCUCUAUCCUGAACAGAAAGAGGCGUUGAAAAGUUUUGUAGAUCGAAAAGAUGUGUUUCUUAACUUACCAACCGGUUAUGGGAAGUCCUUGGUGUUUCAAAUGGCCCCUUUGCUACACAUUGAACUAGCAAAGACCAGCAACAACAGCAACUUAUACACGAGUGAGCCUAUUUUGAUCGUUGUUUCGCCUCUGAAAAGCCUCAUGGAGGAUCAAGUACAGUACCUCCGUACCUUGGGUAUCAAAGCUGGUGCCAUUGGGGACGAUAAAGACGUUAAUCAACAGAUUUUCGAUGGAAAAUUUACAAUUGUUUACGCUUCGCCAGAGGCAUUGCUUGGUAAAGUAAGAUGGAGAACUAUGAUAUCUGUGUAGAUUAGAACUAUGCUUUUGACGCCCAAAUAUCAGCGCUGUCUCGUUGGCAUCGUAGUAGAUGAAGCACAUUGCAUCAGUCAGUGGUAA